CCUGAAGAACAGAACCUGAAAACAAACAUGAGGAACAGAACCUGAAGAGCAGAACCUGAAAACAUGAGGAACAGAACCUGAAAACCUGAAGAGCAGAACCUGAGGAACAGAACCUGAAGACUAGAACCUGAGGAACAGAACCUGAAAACCUGAAGAACAGAACAGAACCUCCCAUAGGACAGAACCUGAAAAGCAGAACCUCUUAAAGGACAGAAUCUCCUGAAGAACAGAACUCGGAGGACAGAUGAAGUGGGAUCAGCUGGAGCUGGAGCCGAGGAUCAGGGCCGCAGUAAGGAGAGCCAAUCUGAAUUGUGUCAGGGACGUCCUCUGUGUUUCUGGUCUGGAUCUGCAGAGGUUCACUGGUCUGUCUCACUCUGACGUCCAGCGGUUGCUCGCCGCCGCUGCCGCCGCCUGCAGGCGACACCCUCCCGACCCAGCCGUCCUCUGUGGAGGAGAGCGUGACCUCAGACUUACUGUGGGCUGUCCCAUGCUGGACGAGCUGCUGAGGGGAGGACUUCCUGUGGGGGGCGUCACUGAGCUGUCUGGAGAGAGUGGAGCGGGAAAGACUCAGCUGGCUCUGCAGCUCUGUCUGUGUGUGCAGUACCCGACGCAGCACGGAGGACUCGACGCAGGGGCAGUUUACAUCUGUACUGAGGACCCGUUUCCUGUCAGACGUCUGCAGCAGCUGAUCAGAGAACAGUCGUGUCUUCGCUCUGACGUCCCCCCAUCGUUGAUCAACAGCCUCCAGUUCAGUGACCAUGUUUACGUUGAACACACCGCGGACCUGGACUCUCUCCAGGUGUGUCUGUCCCGACGUGUCCCCCUGCUGCUGGCUCGUGGUCUUGUCCGACUUGUGGUCGUGGACUCGGUGGCGGCUCUUUUCAGGUCUGAGUUCCAGGCUGAUGAUUGGCUGGAGAGGAACAAACGGUUGCUCACCUUCUCCUCUAUCCUGCACCACCUGACCCAGGAGUUCACCACACCUGUCCUCUGUAUCAACCAGGUCACAGAUGUUUUCAGCAGAUCAAACAGUUCAGGCCCUCUCACCUCCAACACGUCACCUGCUCUGGGUUUAGCCUGGUCCAAUCAGGUGAUGGUGCGGCUGAUGAUGCGUCGUCUCCAGAGGACAGUUGUCCGUGGUGACCAGCACAGCGCCCUCCGCAGGCUGGAGGUGCUGUUUGCUCCUCACCUGGCUCGAGAUGGACGAGACGUUGCAGUGUGGCGGGAGGGGGUGGGAGGGGUCUGCAGCUCUGACACAGAAACAUGAGUUUAUUCAAAUAUCAGUGUGGUUGUAUGAAACUGUGUUUUUGUAUAAAACUGUAACUGUUAAUGUUGUAACAGGCCAUAAUUAUGUGGACAUUUGUUCAGUGGUUGUGUUGCGGGUUCACUUCAAGUUUAUAUCAGCUGAUUUUCCACUGACAUCACCAUAUUCAUACACAUGUGUGUGUGUGUGUGUUAAUAUUAACAUUACUAACAUCUUCAUAUUAUUAUUACACACAUUCACAUAUCCUUAAAUUAUACAUUUACACAUUCAGGUCCAUCAUGCCGUCACUGUUGUCUUAUAGAAAAGAAUUGAACGUUGGUUCUUUCAAAAUAAAAGCA